GGCCGAGCCUGCGCUUGGUCUCACUGGUAUAUAGGACUCCACACCUGGAACAGCAGAUACAGUAGAUGAGGUUGAAUGAGGUGCAAGUGAACCUCUGCCUCACCUGAAAGGACCGUUGGACGGAGUCAAAGGAAGAGGUAUUAUUGGAGUCAGACAUGAAGCUGGAGCUCUGGGAUUCAAGAUAAUAUAGUUAGGUAACUGCACCCCUGUCAAGUUUCUAAGAUGCUUAAACACCAUUUCCAUUCAAUUGCAGAUGGUGAAGGUAAGACGUUCCUUAUCAUUUAGGACAAAGACUCUGAGGAGCAAAAGUGCAGAGAACUUCUUCCAGCGGACAAGCAGUGAGACAAAACUGCAGGUGGAGCUACUGCCAGGAAUCAGUUCCAGCACUGGACAGCUCCCAGUUUUGGAAAGUCAAGCAUCCAGCCCAACCAAAACCGAGAGACAGUUUGAUGACGGCACACAUAUUUUCAUGGAGUACGUUUUCAAGAAACCAACUUUCUGUGACACCUGCAACCAUAUGAUUGUUGGCACCAAAGCCAAACUUGGCCUGCGUUGCAAAGCUUGUAAAAUGAGCAUCCAUCACAAAUGCAUUGACGCCGUUGAACAGUACCGAUGCAUGGGCAAACUGCCGAAGGGUUUCCGACGUUACUACAGCUCCCCAUUAUUAAUCCAUGAACAGUAUUCCUGUAUCAAAGAGGUCAUGCCUAUUGCUUGCAGCAGUAAAGUUGACCCAGUGUAUGAAACUCUCCGGUUCGGAACAUCGCUGGCGCAAAGAUCCAAGAAGUCAAGCUUUGGAUCAGACUCAUCUCAACAUCAUGCUGCUUCAGAGCUGGCAAAAGUUCCAGAGGAAAGUGCAAACACACCAGGACGAAUGUUGGAUUUGAGCAGGAAAUCGUGGCAUUAUGUAUUUAAUUCUCUAGAAAAUGGUCGUGACAAUACCAUCAGGGAAGAAAGCAAGCUUUCCUGCUCUCUGCUGAAGAAGCCAGAACACAAAGACGCUUUGCAGAAGUGUAGUUACGUUGCCUUGUACAGGUACAUUCCGCAGGAGAAUGAUGAUCUGGAAAUGCAGGCUGGAGACAAGAUUUUACUGCUGGACGAUUCUAAUGAAGAAUGGUGGAAGGGGAGAAUUGCUGACAGAGUUGGCUAUUUCCCUGCCACAUUUGUUCAGAGAGUCAUGGUGGGUGAGAAUGUCUUCAGAUGCACAAAACCAUUCACAGGGUCAAAAGAAGACGGACAGAUAAACGUAAAAGAAAACCAGAUCUGCGUGGACAAAGGUGAAGAGUAUAAUGGAUUCAUUAAGGUGCACAGUGGGAAGAAGAUGGGUUUUGUGCCACUCGAUGUCCUGCUCAAAAUCUGAUGUGACACUAUGUCCAUGCAAUGAAGGUAAUGUUACUUAAUGGGGUAUUGGCUGUCUUGCCUGACAAUAGUAACAAAAUAGAGUCAGACUAUCAAAUCAAUACUUUGAAAAACAAGAGAGGCCACGUGGUGGCGCAGCGGUAGAGUUGCUACCUCACAGCGUCAAAGACCCGGGUUUGAUCCUUAUUACGGGAGCUUGUCUGUAUGGAGUUUGUACGUUCUACCUGUGAUUUGCGUGGGUUUUCUCAGCGAUCUCUAGUUUCUUCCCACACUCCAAAGACGUACAUAUUUGUAGGUUAGUUGGCUUGAUAUCAAUAGGAUAGUGUUAAUGUGCGGGGAUCACUGGUCGGUACAGACUCGGUGGGCCGAAGGGUCUGUUUCUGCGCUGUAUCUGUGAACUAAACAUAAACUAAAUUGAUGCUUCUUAGAGGUAGAUGUGCUGAUAAUCUGAGGAUUCUUUUUCUUGACUGAUGGACAUUUCAGUUUGAUUGUAGUUCUGUGCAUGGGGAUUAGUCAUGUCGUAUCCACACAUACGCUAACUAUGACAAUGGCAAGUGUCUUUACCAUCCCUUUACACGUUAUUAGGCAUUUUAAUAGAGCAUAGUCAAUCCAGUUUCGAGAUGGAUUCAUUAAACUUACCUAUGUCCCAAUGCACGAUGUGCAGUGUUUCUUUCAAAUGAUUCCCGUUCCUGUAUCACAGUGGUGGAUUGGAUCUUCAUGGUUCUGUCAGACAGUUUUUCAGCUAGUUGUUAAGUGGACCAGCAGCCAUUGUUCUCUUAGCAAAACAGCAACUGCUGCUCUAUUAGCUUCAAAGUAGUCACAACCGACAUGUUACAAUCCUGAAUUGGGGCAAAGCCAUCUUUGAUGGUUUUAGACUGGAACAUGCUAAAGUUGAUUGGUGUAUGUUGUCUGUGGGCAAAGGAAUGUGCAGAAACUCCGAUACUUUUAAAGGUGCGAUGACAAGAGUUCAUGGCACUCGUUCCUCUCACAGCGAAGAGCAAGGCAGGUGGGUAUAAGGAACCUUGGAUGACAAAAAUAAAACGAGGCGCUGGUCAGGAAAAAGAAGGAGGCAUGGGAUAGGUUUGUGCAAUGGGAUCUAGUGCAUCACUAUGAGAGUUUUGGAAACCGAGGACAAUACUUAAGAAGGAAGCCAGGGAGGCACAAAGGAGGCAGUAGAUGGCUCUGGCAGAUAAUAUGUAAAAUACAGAGAUUUUAAUGUACAUUUUAUGUACAUUAUGGAAAAUCCAGAGGUUUUAUGUUACUAGAGAGCGAAUAGGGCCCCUCAGAAACCAAAGUGGUCACCACAGUGGUCAUCUGUAAGUGGAGCCACAGGAGUUAGUGUUGUGGCCUGGAGUCACCACUAGAGGGCUCUGUCUCUAAACGAAUGUCUCCUCAGGGAGGGUCUCUGGGGGAUCUGCUGGGCUUUAGGGCAGCCGUGUUUGGCUUGUAAUAAAUACACUUCGGGUUCUGGACACCAAGUGUAGUUUGUGAAUUAUUUAGCCCUCGAAUACAACAGUUAGUAUAUGAUGAGCGUUUGACAGCACUGGGCCUUUUACUCACUGGAGUUUAGAAGGUUGAGAGGGGACCUCUGAAACAGGGAAUAAUGAAAGGCAUGGAUAGAGUGGAUGCAGAAAGGAUGUUUCCACUGGUGGGAGAGUCUAGGACCAGAGGUCACAACCUCAGAAUUAAAGGGCACUCUUUUAGAAAGGAGAUGAGGAGGAACUUCUUUAGUAAAAGGGUAAUUAAUCCAUGGAACUCAUUGCCACAGAGGGCUGUGGAGGACGUCAGUGGAUAUUUUUAAGGUAGAGAUUGACAAAUUCUUGAUUAGAUUAGAACGGGUGUCAAGGGUUAUGGGGAGAAGGCAGGCAAAUGGCAGGAAAAUGGGUUUAGGAGCCAGAGAUCAGCCAUGAUUGAAUGGCGGAGUGGACUCGAUGGGCCGAAUGGCCUAAUUCUACUCCUAUAACUUGUGAACUUGACAGCAGGGUGGCUAAUGCUAUGUCUCAAUUUAAUAAGGGCUCCAAUGAAAAGGCUGAGAACUGUAGACCAGUGAGCCUAACAUUUGUGUCGGAAAUGUUACUGGAGAGCAUAUAUAUGCAUGUGGAUAGACAAGGGCUAAGGAGAGAUAUUCAGUUUGUUUUGUACAUGGGAGAUAAUGUUUUCUGAGGCUUUGGGUUAAUUGGCCUUCAUCAUUCGGGGUAUUCAGGAUAAAAGUUGGGAUGUUAUCUUAAGGGCCUGUCCCACUCAUGUCCUUGGCACGCUAAUUACGCGACCACGUGGUCGCGUUGAGCCGCGACGGUCCUGUGAAGGUCGCACGUGAUUACAUGCGUACGCACAGUCGUCUGGAGCGCAUGACGUCAUUUGAAGAUGGACACAAAGCUGGAGUAACUCAGCGGGACCGACAGCAUCUCUGGAGAGAAGCAAUGGGUGAUGUUUCGUGUCGUGACUCUUCUUCAGGCUGAAAAGAAGGGUCUUGACCCGAAACAUCACCCAUUGCUUCUCUCCAGAGAUGCUGCCGGUCCCACUGAGCUACUCCUGCAUUUUGUGUCUAUCUUCAAUUUUCUUGGCCCCGCUCUGGGAGUAGAAGUGGGAGCGGAUCAGGACCGCAACGGCCGUAAGCCCCAGGCCGAGUUCAACGAACAUUUACCUGCUUCUGCUGCUGUUGAAGGUGAGACGUUGUGUCGCGCCAGAGUCUUGGGCCUGUCCCACUUUGGCCAUCAGUUCCGCGACAGGCCGUUGGCGCGCGAAGAUUUCGUUCCUACAAAAUUUUCAGAGCCCCAUGUGAUGUCGCGCACAACUACUCACCCCUCCGCGCUUCUAAGUGGGACAGGCCCCGCGCGGCCAUAGGACGCCUGUGCGCCUCAACGUGACCACGAGGUCGCGUAAUGUGCGUGCCAAGGAUACAUAAGUGGGGCAGGCCCUUUACAGUUGAACAGGUCGUUGGUGAGGCUGCAUUUGGAGUAUUGUAUUCAGUUUUGGUUACCCUGCUAGAGGAAGGAUUUUGUUAAGCUGGAAAGAGUGCAGAGAAGACUUACGAGGAUGUUUAGCUUAGUAUAGUUUUGUUUUGCUUAUUGUCACGUGUAUCGAGGCACAAUGAUAAGCUUUUUUACUGCAUGCUAUCCAGUCAGCAGAGAGACUAUACAUUAUUACAAUUAAGCUGUCCACAGUGUACAGAUACAGGAUAAAGGGAAUAAUGUUUAGUUCAAGGUAGAGUACGAUUAUGUUCAUAAGUUCAAGGAGCGUAAUUAAUUUGGCCCAUCACUUCUACCCUGCCAUUCAAUCAUGGCUGAUCUAUGUUUCCCUCUCAACCCCAUUCCCUGCCCCAUAACCCCUGACACUUGCACUAAUCAAGAAUCUAUCUAUCUCUGCCAUAAAAAUAUCCAUUGACGGCCUCCACAGCGGUCCGUGGCAAUGAAUUCCACAAACUCAUAACCCUCUGACUAAAGACAUUUCUUCUCGUCUCAUUUCAAAAGGUACGUCCUUUUAUUCUUAGGCUGUGGCCUCUUGUCCAAGACUCUCCCACUAGUGGAAAAAUCUUCUCCACAUUCACUCUAUCCAGGCCUUUCACUAUUCGGGAAGUUUCAAUGAGGUCCUCCCUCAUCCUUCUAAACUCCAGCGAGUACAGGCCCAGUGCCUUCAAAUUAUCAUCAUAUGUUAACCCAAUCAUUCCUGGGAUCAUUCUCGUAAAUCUCCUCUCGACCCUCUCAAACGCCAGCACAUCCUUCCUCAGUUAUGGGGCCCCAAAAUGCUCACAAUACUCCAAAUGCGGCAUGACCACUGCCUUAUAAAGCCUCAGCAUUACAUCCCUGUUUUUGUAUUGUAGCCUUCUCGAAAUAAAUGUUAGCAUUGCAUAUGCCUUCCUUACUACCAAUUCAACUAGCAAAUUAACUUGUUUGGAAUCCAACACGAGUACUCCCAUGUCCCUUUGCACCUCUGAUUUCUGAAUUCUCUCCCCAUUUAGAAAAUAGUCUUCACCUUUAUUCUUAUUACCAAAGUGCAUGACUCCACACUUUGCUACACUAUAUUCCAUCUGCCACCUCUCUGCCCCCUCUAUCAACCUGUCCAAGUGGAUGUGACCUGUCCACUCCCCCAACCUGUGGGAGAAUCUGCCACCCCCUUACCUGACACUGCUCUGCAGAGUCCCUGCUUUCUCUACACUACCCGCCCCUCCACCUAUCUUCAUAUCAUCUGCAAACGUGGCCACAAAGCCUUCAAUCUUGUCAUCCAAAUCAUUAAUAUACAGCGUGAGGCAUAGCAACCCCAGCACCGACCCCUGCGGAACCACUAAUCACUGGCAGCCAACCAGAAAAUAAAACCCUUUAUUGCCACUCUUUGCCUUCUGGCAUCCAACCAACCUGCUA